UUCUAUUUUCUUUAUCGUUUUCGAGGGCUUUGCACCAACAGAUUCCUCCGACAAGCUGAACAAGCAGGCUGCAGGCCCAACCCAAAGCCUCCCUUAUCUAAGAAGAGAUGAAUUCUCUGGUACUUCGCACUCGAGGAGGAGAGGAUUAAAAUUCCUCUGCUCAUUUCUUCUAUUUUCUUGCUUCCUAAACAACCAUGGCGGGAACUUCAACCUUCAGUGCCUCUUCCGCUUAUUCCAUCUUCCGAACUUCACUUUCAUCAUCAGCAAAAACCUCACCGUUUUUUCUCUCGUCUAAACCGUCGUUUCUUCCAAUGCCCAUUUUCCCAAAAACACAUUCGCGUCCCUCUUUUCCCAGGAUUUACGCGUUGUCUAGCAACGAUAUCAAAGUGGGUACCAACAUCGAAGUUGAUGGUGCUCCUUGGCGAGUUUUAGAAUUUCUUCAUGUGAAACCUGGAAAGGGGGCAGCAUUUGUCAGGACCAAAAUCCGGAAUUAUAUAACAGGAAACACUGUUGAGAAAACUUUUCGAGCUGGAAGUGGGCUUGAGGAGGCAGACGUAUUCAAGGAGACAAAGCAGUUCACGUACAAAGAUGGUGCUCAAUUUGUCUUCAUGGACCUGAAUACAUUUGAAGAACAUCGUCUCAAUGAAUCGGAUGUUGGUGAUAAGACAAAGUGGCUGAAAGAGGGAAUGGACUGCAAUUUGCUAUUUUGGAAGGGGAAAGUUAUCGAUUUUGAAUUACCAAUCACAGUGCAGCUAACUGUAGUUGAUGCUGAUCCUGGCCUCAAAGGUGACACUGCCCAAGGUGGGUCAAAGCCAGUUACUCUGGACACAGGUGCCGUAGUUAAUGUUCCGCUAUUCAUUAAUGCUGGUGACGAAAUCUUGGUAGAUACAAGAAAUGGCCAAUAUAUGAGCCGGGCUUAGAUUUAGUGUUUCUUUUCUUUUUCUUUUUCUUUUUCUUUUUGAAGAAUUGCAAGCUAUAAUUAGUAGGAAACUCAGUUGAGCAUAUGUGUAUUCAUCGGAAGAUUUACAUAGGGUAGCAUAUGGAUCUUCUUUUGGUGGGAAGAGAUGAUAUUUUGCUUUCCAUUCUCAGCCAAAACGAAUUCUAUGUAAAUGGACAAGUUAAUAUCGGUUCUACUGCAAGCACAUUGUGUUCUUGAA